GCGGUUGGAUCGGCAUGGGCAUAGAUGUUGUAGAGCGGUCUCGCCGAGGGCGGGCGGAAGAAUCUCUCCUAGAGCUGGGCGAAUUGGAGGUCAGUGUUUUUCAGGAAGAGGAACACGAUCUUGAGCUUGGGCUUGGAGGAGGCGAGGUGGGAGAAGGAGGAAGGCAGUCAGGCAGAUGCAUCACGAAAGAGGGAGAGGUCCUCGAGCUCAUCGGAGGGGGAGAUUGGGAUGGAGGAGGGACGCGGGGGGAGGAUUCGAGAGUGGGGAGGAAGAGGACUGGGAGAGAGAAGGAGGAUGCCGAUGACGGUGGUCGAGGAACAGUUGGAAUGGAAUGUCGCCGAUGAGGCCUGACUGCCGUUGGUCGGCAUCUCUAUGACUGCUUCAGAUUGAAGAGAGGAAUAAAUAAUGCUGAAAUGG